GCAUGCAGGAAGCCCCGAGUUGGAACCGACUGUUCUGUUGCGCUCCGCAGACUGGUCUAUGAUUUAGUCAAAGUUGACAACACAUCGAACAGACUGAAAUGGACCCUAUUUUAUGAUGGAAUAUUGUUGGAUCAUCUACCUUGGAAAUAGCGUCGACAUUUGGUCAAUCGAAAGCCCUUUGCAACCGCUAUUGUCGCCGGGGGUCGCGCUUUGUUUAGCUCAAAAGUAGCAUACACCCGUUACGCAGACAGGGAAAUGGACAGCUUAAGAAAGGGAAAGAGAUGUGACGAAGUCAAGGAAUUUCCCGAGGAGGAAGAAGUGGACCCCAGAGUCCAGGGAGAACUGGAGAAGCUGAACCAGUCUACAGAUGACAUCAACCGCUGGGAGAGUGAGUUGGAGGAAGUUCGUCAGCGGUUCCGUGCAGUGCUUGUUGAAGCCACUGUGAAGCUGGAUGAGCAGGUGAAGAGGAUUGGGCGUGCAGUGGACGAAUCCAAACCAUACUGGGAGGCCCGAAGAGUGGCCAGACAGGCUCAAGUGGAGGCUCAGAGGGCCACCCAGGAGUUCCAGCGGGCGGUGGAGAUCUUGCGGGCCGCCAAGGAGACCAUCGCCCUGGCAGAGGAGAGGCUCCUGGAGGAGGAUAGCCGGCAGUUUGACUCCGCCUGGCAGGAGAUGCUCAACCACGCCACCAAGAGGGUGAUGGAUGCGGAGCAGACGAGGACUCGCUGUGAAGCGGAACACAAGCAGACGGCAGCCAAUUACAACACCUGUAUCAGUCACAUGAGACAACUGGAGAAGAAACUGAAACGCACUAUCAACAAGUCGAGGCCGUACUUUGAAUUGAAGGCAAAAUAUUACCUGCAACUUGAGCAACUGAAGCGCCUUGUGGACGAGCGACAGGCCAAGUUGGCAGCCGCUAAGGGCGAAUACCGCACUGCACUGCGUAACCUAGAAACUAUCUCAGAAGAGAUCCAUGCCCGGCGACGCUCCGUCUCCAUGGGAGCCAGAGGGAUGGGUGUUGGGGCGGAGGAAGGGGGGCUGAAUGAUGACAUUGCCAACUUCAAGAUGGAGUCAGACGGUCUAUCCAUGGCAUCUGUGACCUUUGAUGACGAAGCAAACCAGAGUGCUGGCUCGGAGGAUGACGUUAACACACACUCCACCUCGUCCCCCCGAGACGUACCCCCCUCCUUGUCCUGCCACCCUCUGUCCUCCUCCUCACACCUGUCCACCUCUAUGGACCUGGCCUGCCCGUACCCCUCCUCCUCUUACACCGCUCCCUGCCCCUCCCUCUCCACCUCCCCCACACCCCCCCUCCUCUCCUCCUCCUGUCCUAGUACUCUGGAGCUCCCCAGGGCCUGUGGUUCUGGUGACCCAGACUCGCUGUGUGGUUCUGGGCAGGCCUCUCCUCUCCUGGGCACUCGGAGCCAAUGCAGCGGAGCCUCCUCCCCAGACUGCGAUCAGGAGAGAGGCGACAGAGCAGAGGGAGCAGAGGAUAAGUUAGAGUCUGGUCUCAGCAAACUCACUCUGACCCAACCCAGCAUAGAGGACUCUGGGAACGACCCCGAAAUUGACCCCUACACCGAGACGGUGACCCCAGAACUGACCACCUCCAGCCCUGCCCCCAUUAUCCUGCUCAACAGUGUCUAAAGGUCUACCCUCUCAAGUCUCACCCGAAGCGUUUGACACCGGACUUUCAUACCUGAACUAAAGUCAUCCUUGAGGAAAGGAAACAAGGAGAGGAGAUAACCCUAAGAGUGACUCUAUUUGUGUUUAUUUCUCCUUUGACUCCUUCGACUCCUAAAUCAUAGACUUGUUUGACUCUUGCUACAAUGCAGGGGGGAAUAUGAAGGAUUAUAGUGAGAGAACCAAGUUCUGGAACACCCUUCACAAUGGGAGAGUUGACAUGUUUGGAUUCCAUGAAAGAUCUGACAGAAUGAGCCAGCGAAUGGGAGAAAGUUAACGAUAUUCGGUACGAACUCUGAACUCUGACUCCUAAACAGCCUUUGUUUUGUUCAUGUGAGGAGGGGCAUUCAGUCGCCAGCUUUGACUUUUGAGAUUGUGUGUUUGUGUAUGUGAGUGAAAACCUGUGUGCAUGUUGUGAUGAAGGACUCUCAUGUUGUGGAGUUGUGUGUUUAUACUCAGCAUAAGUAACUUUAUAUUUGCAUUUAUUAUAACACACACCCCUGUUGUAAGGAAAAUAAACAUGUUUGGUUGAAACCAGCUA